AUGACAAUUAAACCUAAUCCUCAACAUAUUUCCUCCAAACAGGAGGCAGAACGUAUUUUAUCGAAAUACGACAAUUUUUUAUUCGAUUGCGAUGGAGUUAUCUGGUUAGAUGAAGAUUUGAUUCCUGGGGUAGCAAAGUUUCUUGAGUGGUUAACGAAAAACAACAAGAGAUUUGCAUUUGUCAGUAACAAUUCAUCAAAAUCACGUAAUUCAUACCUUAAAAAGUUUGAAAAUUUAAAUAUCCCCAACGUCACCAAAGAAAUACUUUACCCAACAUGUUAUUCUGCAGCUUUAGAAUUACAAAAAUUAAACAUUCCUAAAGGAUCCAAAGUUUGGGUUUUGGGACAUGAAGGAAUUGUCGAUGAAUUACGUGAAAUGGGGUAUUUUCCAUUGGGCGGUAACGAUGAAUUACUAGAUAAAGCUUUUGAUCAUCAAAGUCCUAUAUUGUCAGUGGAUCCUGAGGUAAAAGCCAUUGUUGUUGGAUCAACAAAGGAAUUCAAUUAUAUGAGAAUAGCCCUGACAUUGCAGUAUUUACUACAUGAUCAUAAAUCAUUGCCAUUUAUUGGAUGCAAUAUUGAUAGAACUUAUCCAGGACCAAAAGGGUUGAUAUUACCUGCUGGUGGUAGUAUAGUCAACUACAUGUCAUAUACUUCAAAUAGAGACUUUAUUAAUGUGGGGAAGCCAAGUAAACAGUUUUUGGAUAUAAUUUUGGAAGAUCAAAAGUUUGAUAGGUCCAAAACAUUAAUGGUGGGAGAUACUUUGUACACUGACAUCAAAUUUGGUAACGAUGGGAAUCUAGGUAGUGAAGAUGAAAAUGGUGGUACAUUGUUGGUGUUAUCUGGAGGUACAAAAAAGAAAGACUUGAAUCAUUUUUUAAAAAAUCGCCAUGAAUAUAAAGAUAGCGAAAGUUUGGUUCCACUGUACUUUGUCGAAUCUUUAGGUAAGCUCAUAGAUUUGUUAGAGUGA